AUGAGAGUUCCUGCCGGCCCCUGGAUCUGCACUGGCCCAGACGCGGGUGAGGCCGCGCGUGAACCGGAGUGUGACCGCAUCAAGGUGCUGAUGAAGACGAAGGGGGAAAGAGUGGACUGGGAUUCAGCAACUUUCCCAGGACAUCUGCUCCCGACGCCCACGUUUGAAUGGCCAUCCAAUGAGAGGGCGUCUUCCAUCCCUUACACCAGUGGGUGCUGCGUAGUCAUUGGCUGUUCAGUUUUAAUAAUAUAUUUUAUCAAAAUAACUAAGUCAAAUUUCUAUUUGUCUGUCUCUUUUCCAGGGAGAACCUGUACUCAGUUACUGGUGCUAAACCCAGACCGAUCAGCUCGACUUAUCAAAGAGAUCUUAACGACAGCCUGGCCUACGAGAGACUUCGUUGUCCAAUGGGAACCUGGGAACAGAGAGCUGAAGCAUCCUACCGUUUCCUGGCUGAAGAACAUCUGGAAGCAUCUGUAUAUAAACUUUGCCGGGGACCUAAGUAUAUUUGAAGACAUGCCUUUAAUCCCGAGCGUACCACUGGAGGAAAACAUGGAGAAAGUGAAUCUUCUACGCCUCAAAACUCCCUCCCCCAUAAUUCACGUGGACCAGAAAGAGGCACAACAUUCCGAGAACCUCACUGACAUAAUGCAAAGGCUUGGAGCAGUAGUGAUCAAAAAGUUUGACCCGUGUUUGCUGCAUCCUCGGCUGAAGAAUUACAUUCAGCCAUCUUCUCCGGCUUCGCUUCUGCAAAUCAUGGACAGACUGGCAACACAGCGGCUGUCCAGCCUGGUCUCAGCUUUCUCAGCUAAAGAGAAGGUUGCACUCCGACACUUUCUUGCAGGAUUGUCAGACGUCACAGAGAAGGAAAAACAUACUUUGCUUGAACUUUCUAUCUUUGAGAAAGUUGGCAUCAUCUCUGAAGGGACCCCGAUGUUUACUUCACUUCGAGGAGCAAGGGCCUUACACCAUAGAGCCAAGUACCCACCGAAUGUAAAAUUAUCCAUCAAUCUUGUGAGUUGCUGUGACGAGGAGUCAAUUCGUCUCAUCAAAAUGCUCAACGUGGAACAAGUGAAAACCACUGAGUGUCUGAAAUUCAUCAUUAAGGAUGUUGAGCGAGGGUUCUACGCAACAGAUGAUGUAACAAAAAUCAUGCUGUGGGUUCUUAAAAAUCUGACCUUUCUAAAGAAUGAGAAUUCCUCUGUGGUUGGAAGUCUUUCUGCAGUCAAAUUUGUUCAAAUGCCAAGUGGAAAUAUAGUCAAGGCCUCAGAUCUGUUCGACCCAGAGUUGGAAAUUCUGCAGAAUCUCUUUUACAUGGAAGAUGAAACAAGAUUCCCUACAAGCACAUUCACGUCUUCUCCUGAUGUCCUUUAUUCCCUCCGACAACUGGGACUAAGAAAUGAGGUACAGCUCAGUGAAAGUGAUGUACUUUUGGUAGCAAAAAAGAUACAGGAGUUACAGAGGAGCAAUGAACCUGAUUGGGAUCAUAUAAUCAAAAAGGCAAAAACGUUGCUGCAGAUACUAAACAGACAGACAAAGCUGAUCAAAUCAAGCGAUGCUCAAACGUCACUACUCAAGCUUAAAUGGGUUCCUGUCUGCAAAGAACGACCGCCUACUUACCCUAAAACCCUGGCCUGGGUUGGAGAUACGCUGAACAUAUGCUCACUGUCUGAGAUGUGUGACAUCUCCCACGCGGUGCUUGUGGGAUCCUCAGUGCCACUGGUUGAGCAUACGUCUGCAGGUAUGAAAAAGGCACUGAAAAUAACCGUAGAGCCAAAGGUCAGUCAGGUUUUGCAACAGUUGAGAGCAGUGAAUGACUGGCAUAAAUCUCAAGCUUUCACCACAGAGGACUGGUACCAGUUUCAGCAGAUCUUGUUUGAAAUAUACGGCUUCAUGCAGGCCCAUCUUGAGGAAGCAAGAGAAGCAAUGAAAUCACUUCCCUUUGACUGGGUGUGGACGGGAAAGACGUUUGCAUCACCAGGCCACACCGUCGUGAAACCCCUCCCUAACCUGGAUUUACAGCCGUAUCUGUACUCCCUGCCAAAGACAAUCCGAAAGUUCCACAAGCUUUUCAAACUGUGUGGUUCAGUGGAAGAGGUCACUCCCGGUCAUGUGCUCGAAGUCAUCGGCACCGUUCAACAAAGAUGUGAGGGAGAAAUCACCACGGAAGAAAGCAAACGGGACAUUUUGCUUUUGAUCAAUAUUCUGAGAUGGUUGUACAACAAUCACAUCAGCGUGGACACUAACAUGCACGUGCCAAUCCUGUGUUACAAGGAUCCAAACAAGUUAGCAAUGAAGCCCAUACACGAGUGCACCUACUGUGACAUCAAAGUGGACGACUUGAACGACUUACUGGAAGACGCAUCGGAGCCCAUUGUAUUAGUUCACGACGACAUCCCCAUGAAAACUGCAGAAUGGCUGAAGGUCCCGUGUUUGAGCACACGGCUGCUGAAUCCUGAGAAUCUGGGCUUUGAACAGUCAGGUCAACGAGAACCACUGACCGUAAGAAUAAAGAACAUCUUGGAGGAGUACCCAUCUGUUGCAGACAUUUUUAAAGAACUCCUACAGAAUGCUGACGAUGCAAGUGCGACAGAGUGCAGCUUUCUCAUUGAUAUGAGAAAAAAUACUGACAUCAGAGAGAAUCUUCUGGAUCCUGGCAUGAUCGCCUGCCAUGGGCCGGCCCUCUGGUCCUUUAACAAUUCCGUGUUUUCCGACACAGACUUCCUCAAUAUCACGAGACUGGGAGGAUCAGUAAAGAGAUGUGAAGCAGACAAAGUCGGCAAGUUUGGCCUGGGCUUCAACUCCGUUUAUCACAUCACAGACAUCCCCAUUAUCAUGAGCAGAGAGUUCAUGAUCAUGUUUGAUCCGAACAUCAACCACAUUGGCAAGCACAUCAGAGACAGGUCUAAUCCUGGGAUUAAAAUCAACUGGAGCAAGCAACAGAAACGGUUGAGAAAAUUCCCCAACCAGUUCAAACCCUUUAUCAACAUAUUCAACUGCCAACUUCCUCUGGCUCAGGAUUCCCCGUACAAAUACAACGGUACUCUGUUUCGACUUCCAUUUAGGACAGAGCAAGAAGCAUCAGCCAGUGAAAUCAGCUCCCUCUACUACAACACCACAGACAUCUACUCCCUCGUUGAUGAGUUCAGCAUCUGCGGUCACCGAUUCAUUCUGUUCACGCAGCACGUUGGAAGUAUGGUGUUGAAGUAUCUGAAAUGCGAAGAACCAAACCCAGCAGGAGCACAAGAUGUUGUAAUCGUCAACAAAAGCGUGUGGUCGUCUAAAGCUUCAUACGGACCUUUAAGUAUCCUGAAGGCUGCAGCAAAGGUCAUAAAGAAAGUAGCCAGCACCAACAAAGUACCUGCUGAUAUUCCAAAGUCUGGUUGCAUCAUACGUGUUGUCGUGGAAGAGUUUCACAAUGUGUUCAAACGCAUCGUUGAUCUUCACUCGCCGUUGUUCCGGGGUUCUGAGGACGAUCCUAACCAGUACUUCGAGAUGGCGGCUAAAGGAGUUCAGACAAGAAGACUCACUGAUGAAAUGCCCCAGAAGGCAGUUGAGGUCACCAACUGGCUCAUCUGCUCGUGCAUGGAUGUUACAGAAGCCCUAAAGUUUUCCCUGAAUGAUAGUGGGAAAAGACUUGGACUGGUGCCCUGUGGAGGGGUGGCUGUUCUGCUUUCAGAGGAAGAGAACCGCAAAUGGACGGUGAAGACUAAUGCUACCCCCAUUGGGGAAGUGUUUUGUUACCUGCCGCUCAGAAUCAAGACAGGUCUGCCAGUCCACAUCAAUGGCUGCUUUGCCGUGACUUCCAAUCGCAAAGAAAUCUGGAAGACCGACACCAAAGGGCAGUGGAACUCGGUGUUCAUGAGACAUGUCAUUGUCCAGGCCUACAUGGCAGCACUGACGAUGCUGCGUCUACUGGCUGAAAGUGAAGAGCUGCUUAACUACAGCUAUUACGCAGCUUGGCCAGAUCCAAACCAGGUGCAUGAUGACUUCACAUUGAUCUGCCAAGGUGUCUACCAAGAAAUAGUCAAAGGUGGGGAGGGUGAGCAGGCUAAGGUUUUCUCGGAUGGAAAAAUGUGGGUGUCGAUCAAAUACGUCCGAUUUCUUGACGACGCCUUACUCUGCAGGACAGACAUUGGUCCUUCUGCAUUCAAGAUAUUCCUGAAAUAUCUCAAAAAAGGCGGUCCACAAACCCUCUGUGCGGUGGAGCUCCCCGACUGGGUCAUGGAUGGAUUUGAAGACGCUGGUUGCAAAGGGAAGUUGAUGGAAAACACCCUGACAGAGAAGCAGUUUUUUUCAGACGUUUUCUUUCCUCACAUUCAAGAAAUCGAUAAAGACUUGAGGGAUCCCCUCAUGCAUUACGUCCUGAACGAGAAACUGGAACACUUUGCAUCAAUCCUCAGUGUUACCCCAUGCAUCCCGUGCACUGGUCCCAAUAACGGAUUGGUUUUACCCUCCAAACUCAUUCAUCCUGAGGGGAGAGUCGCAAAACUCUACAGCCCUGAUGAUGGAAGAUUUCCUGAAGGGACCGCCAAAGACUACCUAAACCCAGUGUGUUUAGUCAAGUUAGUUCAGCUGGGCAUGGUUAAGGAUGACUUGUCAUGGGAGGAUCUGAUUGAAAGGGCUGAGUCUGUAACCGGCCUCAAUGAAAGUGAUCACACAGCUGCGUGUGUUCGUAGCAGCAUUCUGCUCAGUCUAAUUGAUGAGAAACUGAAGGUUAGAGACACUGCAGAACCCGAACUCUUAGAGAAGUUACAAAACAUCAAGUUUCUUCCAUUUCUGACCAGACCUGCGGGCUUCUCUCUUCCGUGGCACGGAAACAGUUUUGCCCCGUCGACAAUGUUUUCUGCACGAGAAGUUUUCACAACUGAACAUCAGGACACGGUGUGUCUGACGAAACCAAUCCUGAAUGAGAAUUCUCCAUCUUUCAAAGGUUGUGGUGCAAUGUCAUUGGCUGUGAAGGACUGUCUUGGCCUAAUAAAAAAGCCCUCAGUUUCAUUGGUCAUCACUCAGCUCAAGAAACUGUCUCAGUCGUUUGAUGGUGUCACGUUGUAUCAGGAAAACAUAACAAACGCCUGUUACAAAUAUCUGCAUGAAGAAAUGCUGCAGGAUGAAAGUGCAAAACAUCAAACAACUGAGGAACUGAAAGCCUUCAACUCCGUCUUGGUGGAGAACACCUACGUCAACCCCUGCAAAGUAGCAUUUCACCUGAACUUCGAUGCCGCUCCACACCUCUAUCAGCUUCCAAACAAAUACAGAAACAGCUGCCGCGAGCUGUUUGAAAACGUUGGAGUCCAGCCGAGUUUUACAGUCGAAGAUUUCUCAGCUGUUCUUGAAAACGUGAAGCAGCAGUGUGGGCGAAAGACGCUCACAGAGGAAAACUUCCAGUUGUGUCGCAGGAUUAUAAGUGAAGGAAUAUGGAGUUUAAUAAGAGACAAGAAACAGGAAUACUGCAAAGAGAACUACGGCGGGAUCAUGUUGCCUGACACGAAUAUGAUGCUGCAGCCAUCUAAAACUUUGUGCUACAAUGACUGCCCUUGGAUCAAAGUCAGAGACACCACUGUGAAAUACUGUCAUGGGGAUAUUCCAAGAGAGGUUGCUGUGAAAUUAGGAGCCAUUCCAAAACGUCACAAAGCCCUGGAGAGGUACGCCUCAAACAUCUGCUUCAGCACACUUGGAAGUGAGUUCGGACAGAAAGAAAAACUAACGAGCAGAAUCAAAAGCAUCCUGAAUGCCUACCCGUCAGAAAAAGAAAUGCUCAAAGAGCUGCUUCAGAAUGCAGACGACGCCAAAGCCACUGAAAUAUACUUUGUUUUUGAUUCACGGACGCAUCCCACCGAGAGAAUAUUUGAUGACAAAUGGAUGCCGAUGCAAGGUCCUGCGCUUUGUGUUUACAACAACCAACCUUUCACCGAGGAUGACAUCAGAGGUAUACAGAAUCUUGGAAGAGGAACAAAGGAGGCCAAUCCCGGAAAAACCGGCCAGUAUGGGAUCGGCUUCAACUCAGUGUAUCACAUCACUGAUUGUCCAUCCUUCAUUUCAAACAAUGAAAUACUGUGUAUCUUCGAUCCUCACGCUUACUACGCACCUGGCGCUACGUCCGUAAGUCCAGGGAGAAUGUUCAGAGACAUCGACUCAGAUUUCAGAUCUCAGUUUUCAGAUGUUUUAAAUCUUUACUUAGGAGUUCAUUUUAAACUAGAGCGCAGCACGAUGUUCCGAUUCCCCAUUCGCUCUGGAGACAUGGCAAAGACCUCAGAAAUCAGUUCUGUCCCCGCAUCAGACAGAAUGGUGCAAAACCUUUUGGAUAAGCUGAAAACUGACGGCGCGGAACUUCUGAUGUUCCUCAACCACAUGGAGAAGAUAUCAAUUUGUGAAAUUGAUAGUGUGUCUGGAGAACUCAAAGUGCUGUACUGUGUGACUGCCAGAAUAACAGACGGUGAUAGGCUUAAACGCAAACAGUUUCAUGCCUCUGUCAUUGACAGUGUAACCAAAAAGAAGCAGCUUCCUGCAAUUCCAGUCCAGCAAAUAACCUACACAUUGGACAUAGAAGACACUGAAGGAAAUCUGACCACUUGGAUGAUUUGCAACAGGUCUGGUUUUCCUAACAUUGAAAAUGUUUCUAAAAGUGUCAUUUCAGCUCACAAAAAUGAAGACAUUACCCUUUUUCCACGUGGAGGUGUAGCCGCAUGUGUUAGCCACAACUACAAAAAGCCGCACAGAGCCUUCUGCUUUUUGCCGCUGUCACUGGAGACCGGUCUACCUUUUCAUGUCAACGGGCAUUUUGCUCUGGACUCGGCGAGAAGAAACCUUUGGAGAGACGACAACGGUGUUGGUGUUAGAAGUGACUGGAACAACAGCUUAAUGACAUCACUUAUAUCACCAGCUUGUGUCGAACUGCUGAUCCAGCUCAGGCGUCGGUUCUUCCCAGGUCCUGAUCCCACACUAACUGUUGUCCAAGGAACUCCACUUCAUGUCCUUAAAGACGUACUGAGGAAGUACCUGUUCUUCUUCCCUGCCAACAGGAUUGAGAUUCAACCAGAUUGGUACUGUCUUGUUAAAGCUGUGUACAGCUGUAUUCAUGCUGAGUUAAAACGUCUGCUUCCUGUUGUCAGAGCCGCACAAAUGGACAACUCUGAUAUGCACUCUGCCAUCUACAUUUCGUGGGUGAAUACCUCCACUGCCAACAGAGGCAGGGCGUUCUUCGACAAUCUGCUGCAAGAUGAGCUUCAGCACUUGAAAAACACAGAGUACAACAUUACCUCAAGGAAGUCUGUGGCGGAAAAUGUUUACAGGUUGAAAACCUUGCUUCUGGAUAUUGGAUUCAACUUGGUUCACAGCUGCGAUGAAACAGCAAACCUCUACCUGUGUCUGCAGGAUGCUGGGAUACCAGUUAGUUAUGUCACACCAGAAGAUGUCCGCUACUUCCUUCACACGUUCUCUUCCCCAGACUCGUCUUGCCAGAUUGGGAAACUACCCUGUCGCCUUCAACAAUCCAACUACAAGUUACCGCACAACCUGAAGAUCUUGGUUGACUACUGCUUCAAAGAUGUGGAGGAAGGUAAAGUCAUUAUCGAGGGUCUUCCUCUGUUGUUAACAAUGGACAAUGUGCUUCAGGUAUUUGAUACCAAAAGACCAAAGUUUCUGACAUCACACCACGAGCUGGUCUCAGCAAGGAAGGAAAUGUUCAUGAAUUCUAUGUACAUCAGGUACAGCAACCUUCUGUUAAAGGCAGGAGCUGCAAAGAUCUUCGACAUCAGCAGCUUUGGUGACCUACUAGGGUCUGUUCUUCCAAGAGAGUAUCGGACAAAAGUCCCUGUAAAGUGGAGAGACACUUUUGGAAGUGAGUCCUGGCUAAAGAAUGUGUGGAACUUCAUCAGUGAGAACAUUGCCGUCAAGGAGGAUCAAGUGGGUAUUAAACCCUGUUUUGAGACGGUGCUUGACAUCCUGAAAGACUGGGCUUUGCUCCCCGGAAUUAAGUUCAUGACAAGAGAAAAGAUAGUUGUUCCUGAGCAUGAAAUCCUUCUGCCACUGAGCUUGAUUAACAUAGCUCUGUUUCCACAUGGCCAAAAUGACAAAGUCUUCCACACACUGAUGAAAGCAGGGUGCAUUCAGCUAGCAGUAAACAAAAUCAGUGUCAAAGAAAACCCCAUCAUGUCUCUUCUGCCGCAGCAUACAGCAAACAUCGAAUGUCCGUCAAGCGUUCUCAAAGCCGUAGAGUUCAUGAUACAAACAUCGUCAUUCAAAUCGGCAAACCUGACGGACAAGGACUUCGAGGCUCUUCUGUUGUAUUUCAACUGCAACCUUGCUAACCUCACUCAGCACAACGUACAGACCCUGAAACUCCUCCCAUGCUUUAAAUCAGUCAGUGGGAAAUACAUCAGCAUCGCAAACUUUGGAGCAAACUAUAUACUUUCCAAAAGCAUUCCCACUGCAGACAUCGAAAAAUGGUCAACCACAACAUCAUUUUCCUUUCUUACGGACAAUCCACAGCUGAAGGAACUGUACUCGUUUCUUGGUUGCGUGCCAAUUGAUGACAUGGAAACCUAUCUUCACCAUCUCCUGCCAAAGUUUGAGAGUUUCUCUUAUGAGGCUAAAGUCGAACACAUUGUCUACCUAAAAGAAGCACUCAUGUCAAUGGAAGAAUCGUGCAACAUUAAAGAUCGACUCUAUGAGAAGUUGGAGGGACUGUCCUUCAUUUAUGACUCCUCAAACCGACUCAGGCCAGCCAAGUUCUUCUUUGACGAGACAGUGAAGGUGUUCGAAGUUAUGCUGCCACCAAAGUCAUUUAUUACGAGUGACUUUUUCAAGAAAGUUGAAAAAGUGUCGAAACCAAAGAAUGGCACGUUGCUGCUCACGUCGUGGAUUACCUUUCUGAGAAAUAUUGGUCUCAAACAUGAAAUUUCACAGCAACAGGUUCUUCAGUUCGCAAAGGAGGUCAGCAUCAAAGCUCAGACAGAAAAUUGGACAAAAGAAAAAGUGCACACCACUGUAGAUGUUCUUCUGAACCACAUUUUCAAAGAGAGAACAGAUUUGUUCCAGGGCAGUUUUCUCAAAGAGCUCUCGAUGAUCCAGUUCCUGUGCCCAGAGAGGGCGCCUAAAGAACUCAUCAAGCUUCACUUGCAGUACCAAGAAAUGACCGGCACACUUCCUUUGAUUCGGUUUAGUGGGUCUCAGGUAAAUCCAAAGUUCAAGCAGACAGACAUUAUCCAGUUGCUCUGGACUUCCUGUCCAAUCCUACCGGAGAAAGCCACACCAUCGAGCAUUAAGGACCAAGAAGGAAGCACUCUCUCUGGACAGGAACAGCUUGACCAAGUGCUAAGCAUGCUGGGCGUUAGCCUGGAUCCACCUCUCGAUAAAGUGAUAACAAACUGCAAGAACAUUUGUAACAUAUCCAGUCCGGAUGAUGAAACGGUGAAAACGAGGAACAAAGUCCUGCGAUCCACUUAUGAGUUCCUGAAUGCAGAUAAAAGAGAUUUCCGAUAUCAUCUGCGCAGCGUGGCUUUUGUCAUGGUUGAAGAUGGCUGGAAGUUGCUCAAACCUGAGGAAGUUGUCAUUAAUUUGGACAAUGAAUCCGACUUUAAACCCUACUUGUACAAAUUGCCUCUUGAACUCGGUACCUUUCACCAACUCUUUAAACUCCUUGGCACGGAAGAUGUGGUUUCAACCAAACAGUAUGUUGAGGUUCUGUGGCGAAUUUACAGAAAUUCUGAAGGCAAGCAGCUGGACCCAAAUGAAAUGAGGACGGUGAAAAGAGUUGUGUCAGGGUUGUUCAAAUCUCUCCACAAUGAUCCUGUGGAAAUCCGCAAAGACCUGGAAGACCUAAAGGACUUGUCCUUUUAUCUGCCCAGCCACGAUGGUAGAUUAGCCAAAUCCAGCAGUCUAGUGUUCGAUGACGCCCCACACUACAAAAGUCGCAUUCAGGGAAAUGUUGGCGUUCAGAUGCUUGUGGACAUGAGCCAAUGUUAUCUGGGCAAGGAUUAUGCCUUCCACACAAAGUUGAUCAUGCUGCUUCCACAAAAGUUAAGGCCAAGGCUGUUGAGUAGCAUUCUAGAAGAGCAACUUGAUGAAGACUCUCCGAGAAUGUGCCAGUUUGGAGCUUUGUGCUCUCUACAAGGUCGCCUCCAACUAUUGCUAUCGUCAGAACAGUUUAUCACCGGUUUGAUCAGGAUAAUGAAACACGAGAAUGACAACGCAUACCUCGUGAACGAGGAGAAGGCCAUACGCCUCUGCAAAGCUCUGUGUGAAGGACUCAAAGUUUCUUGUUUUGAAAAGCUUCAAACAACACUAAGGGUGAAGGGAUGCAGUCCCAUUCCGCACAGCCGCAGUGAGACCCUAGCGUUUCUGAAGAGGUACGGUACCGCUGUGAUCCAUCUGUACAUCCAGCAUUCAGACAGCAAGGACAUCAAUUUUCUACUGUCACUGGCCAUGACUCUGAAGUCUGCUACAGACAAUUUGAUUUCUGACACAUCCUAUCUUAUCGCCAUGCUGGGCUGCAACGACAUCUACAGGAUCACAGAGAAACUGGACAGCCUUGGCGUUAAAUACGAUGCCACAGAGCCCUCACAGCUGGAGCUGCCCCUCCCUGGAACCCCCAUACCACCUGAGAUACACCACACGCUUCUCAUGGAUCCAAUGAAUGUCUUCUACCCGGGUGAAUACGUUGGUUACCUCGUAGACUCUGAAGGAGGAGACAUGUAUGGGACGUAUCAGCCAACGUACACAUAUGCAAUAAUUGUUCAAGAAGUGGAAAGAGAAGAAGAAGAAAACACAAGUUUCCUCGGAAAAUGCUUUCAAAUUGAUAUUGGAUACAGUGAAUACAAAAUAGUCAGCUCCCUUGACUUGUACAAAUUCUCAAGACAAGAGGAAAACACCCACGUUCGAGACACCAGUGCCCCAUCAACUCCUACCAGCCCUGACAGCCGGUCCACCGGUGUCCGCAUGGUUCCUCCUUUAUUCUCAAGAAAGGAAAAUCUCAGACCUCCUCCGAGAAAGCAAUCGCCAAAGAACAUCAAGCUUAAUGCGUUGCCUGAAAUCCUGAAAGAAGUGACCUUGGUAAUUGAACAAGCUUGGAAACUUUCUGAAACAGAGAGAAAAAAGAUUAUCCGCCGACUGUAUCUCAAGUGGCAUCCAGACAAAAACGCAGAUAAUCUUGACGUUGCCACGGAAGUCUUCAAGCACUUACAGACUGAGAUCACCCGUCUGGAGAAACAGUCUUUGGCUGAUCAGCAGAAUGCUGAAAGAGCUUCCAGGAGAUCCUUUUCCACGUCAUCAUCACGCUUCCAUUCUGAGAAGUUCUCAUUUCAAAGGUUUUAUUCAUCAUGGAACCAAGAAGCGACCAGCCACAAGUCAGAAAGGCAGCACUUCAGGGAACAGUACACCAGCUACGCUGGCUCGUCACAUUCUCACCGCUUUUUUGUGCCUCCGACUUUCAAGACAGUUGGUAACCCCGUGGAAGCCCGCAGAUGGCUCAGGCAAGCCAGAGCGAACUACUCCGCUGCUCGCAACGAUCUUCAUAAGAACGCUAACGAGUGGGUUUGCUUCAAAUGCUACCUGGCUACGAAGCUGGCGUUGAUUGCUGCAGACUAUGCCGUCAGAGGAAAGUCUGACAAAGACGUCAAACCAACAGCUCUGGCUCAGAAAGUCGAGGAGUACGGGUCUCAGCUUGCAGGCCUUGCCAGUGAUGUUCAGAUCCUGGAAGGGUACGGCGUGGACAGUCUGAGGACACGUUACCCCGAUCUGCUGCCAUUUCCUCAGAUUCCCAACGACAGAUUCACAUCUGAGGUGGCGAUGAGAGUGAUGGAGUGUACGGCACGGAUUAUCAUAAAGCUCGAGACCUUUGUGCAGCAAAAAAUAUGAAGACGUUAAAGGAAACAGUAUGCAAAGAUUCUCAGCAGAAGAAGAGGUUCUACUUUUUCGUUGUGUGCAAUACAGAUAGUGUAAAUUUCUCAGAAUGAAAACAAAGUACCCAGCUGGCAGCUUACACUACAUAUGCAGUUUGGACCCCUGCAGGUGGCGCUGCGGCCCACGCUCAGUAAACGUACCGUAUGUAUGGCUCCCUUCGCCCAUUCAGCUGCUUCACUCCGUGUUUGCUGUAAUGUGCAAAAACAAGCAUCUGUUGUAAAUACGUCCACAACAACGUUUUCGUUACCAAAGUCAACAUUUAUCAAGUAUAUCCUUUGAGUUAUGAUAAGAAAUACGCUGCAUUU